AUGGAAGCGGGAACUGCUCUCACUCUCACUUCCCGAUUCCACACUUUCUUUCCCUUUAACACUGCCGAUUCAAAUACUUCUUUUCAACCGCGAUUCACUCUUUCAUCUCCUUCUCCUUCUCCUUCCUCUUCUUCAUUUUCCGCUUUCAGUUACAGAGGCCCCACACCAAAACGCGAUUUCCUCGCCGAUUGGGUUUCCCAAAACGACGAUGUCGUCCGCACCCUCCCAAUCUACGUCGGCUCCGCCUCUCUCUUCGCCGUCCUCCUCAACCGCGCCCUCUCCGGCAUCGCCCCCGUCGCUGACGCUGGCAGUUCGCAGUCCAGAGCUGACCUAUUGACUUUGGGAUUGGCCGUUACCAAUAUUUUGACUGGCCUCGUUUGGCUUUCAAUAAGACCUAAGUCUAUAACUGUGGUAAAUCCUCGAGGAGUUGAAUGCAAGAGAUUGUGCUCUACCCUUCCUGAAGUUGCACUUAAUGAGUUGCUUUGGGUGUGGGAAUCUCUGUCAGAUGCCACUUGUUGUCGAUCGCUAGUUGUUGUUUAUGAGAGCCGUUGUGUACUCCAAAUAGGUUUUGCUGCCGAAUCUUCUACUGGGGAUGAUGAGGCUGUAAAUGUGGAUGCCAAUAAAUUGAUGCAAGGAUCAGUAUACCAGGGAGUUUUGAAAUCUGGUGCUCAGAGUUACUUGGCAAAUCUAUCUCUUUAUCCUGGGAAAUCUGAGCUGCCAUUUAUACCUUCAAAUACUCAGGCAGUAAUUUUACAGCCACUUGGAGAUAAAGGAAUUGCAAUUAUUGGUGGUGACACGAUACGAGGUUACACUGCUUCUGAUCAGGCAUGGAUCACGUAUAUUGGAGAGAAGCUGGAUUCUACCCUUGCAAAAUAUGUGAAACAUCACCCUCUGACUCCUCAAGAUUAG